AUGAAAGUGCAUGUACGUCGUCUCUCCUCGUUCUCCGUAGAAGAAGAUAAUGAGCCAAUGGAACUUGGUACUGAAUCGCAAGUCAUUGUAGUCACACCUGGUCAAGUUAUUACGACUGAAACAAGUGCAUUCUUACGUGGUCAUGGAACGUAUUUGAAUCAUCAGAAUGAAUUGGUCGCAAGUGUAGCUGGUGUUGUGGAAAAAGUGAAUCAAUUGAUUUCAGUGCGACCAUUUGUAUCUCGUUAUAUUGGUGAAGUGGGUGAUAUUAUUGUUGGUCGUGUCACGGAAGUGGCGAAUAAACGCUGGAAAGUCGACGUGAAUGGUCAACAAGAUGCUAGUCUCAUGCUCAGCUCCGUGACACUGCCAGGUGGUGAUCAACGACGUCGCACGUAUGCGGAUCAGCUACAGAUGAGAGCUUUUUUUGUUGAAAAUGACCUGAUUUCUGCCGAGAUUCAGGAAGUUCGUUAUGAUGGAUCACUUAGUCUUCAUACACGCAGUUUGCGCUAUGGAAAGCUCGAGAACGGCCAGUUUGUAGCCGUUGCAUCUCCUUUGGUAAAGAGAAUGAAGCAACAUAUGGUCACGCUACCGGGUAUUGGUAUCGAUGCGAUUUUAGGCACUAAUGGAUACAUAUGGGUGUCUCGAAGUAUGGCUGCUUUGGGAGGAGAUGAAAGUGAAGACAUGACAAGCAGUAUGGAGACUCGCGUGGAAGUGCUUACGGCCAAGAGACAGCGGCAUGCUGCUACACCUAUGAGUGUUGAAGACCGUCGAAAGAUUGCUCGUGUUUCACAGGCGUUGUUGCGUCUUAAUGAACAGUUUCGAAUGAUUACACCCGAGAGCAUUAUGACCACUUACGAGCUAUUAGAAUCGCGAAUCGGUAGGUAG